UUUUAUAGCGCCACAGAUUUCUUAAACCUCCUCCAGAGCCGAGAGCCAUUUCUCUUAUCCUUUCUCUCUAUCGUUUCGUCUCGCCUCUCUCUCCUAUCUCCGGCAGCCGCACCAGAGCAGCCACCGCUCCGGCAUCCACAGAAGCGAUGGCAUGUUCUUCCACAACCACCUGUCUUUCCGCCGUAUGUCAAUCUCUCUCUCGAGAACAUUCAAGAGGACUAUCCUCCAUAUCUCAUUUCCCACUCCUAAGAACUUCAUCCACUUCUCAAUUACGUUACAAGAAGUUCGGAUGUAGCGGCGGUGCAGGUGCAAGUCCCGUCUGUUUAGCCGUAGCUACUCCGAAUUCGUCUGUUUUAAGCGAGGAAGCGUUCAAAGGAUUAGGUCGUUUUGACGACGACCUGUUGAAUGUUCGCGGUUAUGUAUCGGAUACUGAACUUAAUGUAGUUGAUAAAGAAGAACUUGCUAUCUCCGAAUUGGAUCUUCCUGAGCGGUUAAUUGAAUCUCUACAGAAACGUGGAAUUACACAUCUGUUCCCUAUUCAAAGAGCCGUGUUACUGCCUGCACUUGAAGGUCGAGAUAUUAUUGCUCGAGCGAAGACAGGGACAGGGAAAACAUUGGCUUUCGGGAUUCCGAUACUAAAACAACUUAGCGAAGGAGAUGACAGAAGUUUCCAGAGGAGGGGGAAACUUGCUAAAAUGUUGGUUCUUGCACCAACAAGAGAAUUAGCUAAACAAGUAGAGAAGGAAAUCAAGGAGUCAGCACCGUAUUUGAGUACAGUUUGUGUUUAUGGAGGAGUUGCUUAUAAUAUUCAGCAAAAUGCAAUUACUCGGGGAGUUGAUGUGGUAGUGGGUACACCGGGGAGAAUUAUUGAUCUUUUGAAUAGUGGGGCGUUGAGUUUAUCGGAAGUUGAAUAUCUUGUUCUAGAUGAAGCUGAUCAAAUGCUUGCUGUUGGUUUUGAGGAAGCUGUAGAAACUAUAUUGCAAACGCUUCCAGCUAAGAGACAGAGUAUGCUUUUUUCAGCAACUAUGCCUGGUUGGAUUAAAAAACUUUCUAGGAAAUAUUUGAACAAUCCUCUUACUAUUGAUUUGGUUGGUGAGCAUGAGGAAAAACUUGCAGAAGGUAUCAAAUUGUAUGCGAUGGCUACAACUGUAACAUCUAAACGCACUAUCCUUAGUGACCUUGUGACGGUUUAUGCAAAGGGUGGUAAAACUAUUGUUUUCACCAAAACCAAACGCGACGCUGACGAAGUCUCGAUGUCUCUAACAAGUAGCAUCGCUUCAGAGGCACUUCAUGGUGACAUAUCCCAACACCAGAGGGAACGAACAUUAAAUGGCUUUCGACAGGGAAAAUUCACCGUUCUCGUGGCUACUGAUGUUGCAUCUCGUGGACUUGACAUUCCUAAUGUCGAUUUGAUUAUCCACUACGAACUUCCUAAUGAUCCAGAGACAUUUGUGCAUCGAUCAGGGCGUACAGGGAGAGCUGGUAAACAGGGAGUAGCUAUAUUGAUGUUCACCAGUAGCCAAAAGAGAACAGUGAAAUCUCUUGAACGAGAUGUUGGAUGUAGGUUUGAGUUUGCAAGUGCACCAUCUAAUCAAGAAGUUUUGGAGUCAUCAGCAGAGCAGGUGGUUGCUACCCUCAAUGGAGUUCAUGCUGAAUCAGUCGAGUUCUUCACCCCCACUGCACAGAAAUUAUUGGAGGAAAAGGGUGUAGGUGCACUUGCUGCUGCUAUAGCGCAACUCACCGGGUUUGCUCGACCUCCUUCGGCUCGAUCUUUAAUUACCCAAGAGCAGGGAUGGGUGACACUUCAGCUGAUACGUGAGGCAGGAAGCCUCUCAAGAGGGUUUUUAUCUGCUAGAACCGUCACUGGUUUCGUCUCAGACGUUUACUCUGCUGCUGCGGGUGAACUUGGAAAAAUACAGAUAAUUGCCGAUGAAAAGGUUCAAGGAGCCGUCUUUGAUCUUCCAGAGGAAUUUGCUAAGAAGCUCCUGACUAUGGAGCUUCCGGAAGGAAACACCAUUUCCAAAAUUACCAAGUUGCCGGAAUUGCAAGAUGAUGGUCCUCCAGGUGACUUUUAUGGAAAAUUCUCUGCACGAGAACCAGGUUUCAGAGGAGGUUCAAGGGGCGGUAGAAGCAGCAGCAGUUCAAGAGGUGGUUGGGGACGUGAUGAUGAUGGUGGUAGACGUGGUGGCGGUGGUAGAACUGAAAACAAUUGGUCUCGAUCAUCAUCCUCAAGGGAUAGUGGAAAUGAUUGGUUAAUUGGUGGUAGAAAGUCUGGAGGCAAUAGGGAAAGGGGGGCUUCUGGUGGCGCCUGUUUCUUUUGUGGACGCCCCGGCCAUAGAGCUGCAGAAUGCCCAUCCAAAAGAGGGUUCUAGAUUUUGUGCGGCCUUAGCAAGAAAUGUGUAAGGAAGAUUUUUGUGUUGUUUAAGCAGGAGCAGAAAAACCGUUGAUUUUUCCUUCCCCUCCAAGACCAGACCAGACAGGCCAGACGACAAAGGCUGGCUGAUGAUAUAAUGGUUAACACGGGAUGAUGACUAUGCUUUUUCAACUAGUUUAGGUAUUAUAUACUAAAGGGAGACACUUCUUCAGUUAAUGUAAUGUUUUUAUUGUGUUUAUUAUUACAGUUAUCAACUCUUUGAUACAAAACCCUAAUUAUUAUUAUUAUUAUGUUAGUUUCCCUCCCAUGUUA